AUGUCCCUGAACGAUGGGCACAUGUGCGCCUUGCCAGAUAACGAAAUCUCUUCAGACUGCAAUCACCUCUUGUGGAACUACAAGCUGAACCUGACUACAGAUCCGAAGUUUGAAUCCGUGGCCAGAGAAGUCUGCAAGUCCACUAUUGCAGAGAUCAAAGAGUGUGCGGAUGAACCAGUUGGUAAAGGCUUCUUGGUGUCAUGUUUGGUGGAUCACAGAGGCAACAUCACUGAAUACCAGUGCCAUCAGUACAUCACUAAAAUGACAGCCAUUAUCUUCAGCGAUUAUCGGUUGAUCUGUGGCUUCAUGGAUGACUGCAAGGCUGACAUCAAUCUCCUGAAAUGUGGCAGCAUUCGACCUGGAGAAAAGGAUGCCCACUCGCAAGGAGAGGUGGUGGCAUGCCUGGAAAAAGGCCUGGUAAAAGAGGCGGAGGAGACUGAUCCUCGAAUUCAGGUUUCUGAUCAGUGUAAGAAAGCAAUUCUUCGUGUAGCUGAACUGUCUUCAGAUGACUUCCACUUGGACCGGCAUCUCUACUUUGCAUGCCGAGAUGACAGAGAGCGAUUUUGUGAAAAUACUCAGGCUGGGGAAGGCCGAGUCUACAAGUGCCUCUUUAAUCACAAGUUUGAAGAAUCAAUGAGUGAAAAGUGUCGUGACGCGCUGACCACCCGCCAGAAGCUGAUCGCCCAAGACUACAAAGUCAGUUACUCGCUGGCGAAGUCCUGUAAAAGUGAUCUGAAGAAGUACCGCUGUAACGUGGAGAAUCUUCCCCGGUCUCGGGAAGCCAGGCUUUCCUACCUGUUGAUGUGCUUAGAGUCUGCUGUGCACAGAGGUCGACAAGUGAGCAGCGAGUGCCAGGGUGAAAUGUUGGAUUACCGGCGCAUGCUGAUGGAAGACUUCUCCCUGAGCCCAGAAAUCAUCCUGAGCUGCCGAGGGGAGAUUGAACACCACUGCUCAGGCCUGCAUCGGAAAGGUCGCACCCUGCAUUGCCUGAUGAAAGUCGUACGGGGUGAAAAGGGCAACGUCGGGCUGAAUUGUCAGCAGGCACUUCAAACCCUGAUUCAAGAGACUGACCCUGGUGCAGAUUACCGCAUUGACCGAGCGUUGAACGAGGCGUGUGAAUCGGUGAUACAGACUGCCUGCAAGCACAUACGCUCUGGAGACCCGAUGAUUCUGUCAUGCCUGAUGGAGCACUUGUACACUGAGAAGAUGGUAGAGGACUGUGAGCAUAGGCUCCUGGAGCUCCAGUAUUUUAUAUCUCGUGAUUGGAAAUUGGAUACAGUCCUUUACCGCAAGUGUCAGGGAGAUGCCUCGCGCCUCUGCCAUACCCAUGGCUGGAAUGAGACGAGUGAGCUGAUGCCUCCAGGGGCUGUUUUCUCCUGCUUGUACAGGCACGCGUACCGCACAGAGGAGCAAGGGAGGAGGCUAUCGCGAGAGUGCCGAGCAGAGGUGCAGAGAAUCCUCCAUCAGCGUGCCAUGGAUGUGAAGCUGGACCCAGCCCUGCAGGACAAGUGCAUGAUUGACUUGGGGAAGUGGUGCAGUGAAAAGACGGAGACAGGGCAGGAGCUGGAAUGCCUUCAGGACCAUCUGGACGAUUUGGUGUCCGAUUGCAGGGACAUAGUGGGCAACCUCACUGAGCUGGAGUCCGAGGACAUUCAGAUUGAAGCCUUGCUGAUGAGAGCGUGUGAGCCCAUUAUCCAGACGUACUGUCAUGAGGUUGCGGAUAACCAGAUUGAUUCGGGGGACCUGAUGGAGUGCCUAAUACAGAACAAACACCAGAAGGAAAUGAAUGAAAAAUGUGCAAUCGGAGUUACUCAUUUCCAGCUGGUUCAAAUGAAAGAUUUUAGGUUCUCAUACAAGUUCAAAAUGGCUUGCAAGGAGGACGUGCUGAAACUUUGCCCCAACAUCAAAAAAAAGGUGGAUGUAGUGAUAUGUUUGAGCACAACUGUGCGCAAUGAUACGUUGCAGGAUGCCAAGGAGCACAGAGUCUCUCUGAAGUGCCGCAAACAGCUGCGUGUUGAGGAGCUAGAGAUGACCGAGGAUAUCAGACUUGAACCAGAACUGUAUGAAGCUUGUAAAAGUGACAUCAAGAAUUACUGCCAAAACGUGCCCUAUGGCAAUGCUCAGAUUAUUGAAUGCCUGAAAGAAAUCAAGAAGCAAUUGAGUACCCGGUGCCACCAGAAGGUGUUUAAACUGCAGGAGACGGAGAUGAUGGAUCCAGAACUGGACUACACGCUCAUGAGAGUCUGCAAGCAGAUGAUCAAGCGGUUUUGUCCAGAGGCAGACUCGAAAAAUAUGUUGCAGUGUUUGAAACAAAACAAGAACAGUGAAGUGAUGGAUCCGAAAUGCAAGCAAAUGAUUACCAAGCGCCAGAUUACGCAGAACACAGAUUACCGCUUAAAUCCAGUGCUCAGGAAGGCGUGCAAAGCAGACAUACCAAAAUUCUGCCAAAAUAUCCUGAACAGGGCCAAGGAUGAUACAGAGUUGGAAGGGCAAGUCAUCUCAUGCCUGAAGUUGAAAUACGCAGACCAGCGUCUCUCUCCAGACUGCGAGGACCAGAUUCGAGUAAUCAUCCAGGAAUCGGCUCUCGAUUAUCGGCUGGAUCCCCAGCUCCAGAUGCACUGUUCUGAAGAGAUUUCCAGCUUGUGUGCAGAAGAAGCAGCAGCUCAGGAGCAGACUGGGCAGGUGGAAGAAUGUCUGAAAGUGAAUCUGCUAAAAAUAAAAACUGAAAUGUGCAAGAAGGAAGUGCUCAACAUGCUAAAAGAAAGCAAAGCAGAUAUAUUUGUUGACCCAGUGCUCCACACAGCCUGUGCCCUAGACAUCAAACACCACUGUGCUGCCAUUCCACCAGGGAGAGGACGCCAAAUGUCGUGCUUAAUGGAAGCUCUGGAAGACAAGCGUGUGAGGUUGCAGCCUGAAUGCAAGAAACGCCUUAAUGAUCGUAUUGAAAUGUGGAGCUAUGCCGCAAAGGUUGCCCCAGCAGAAGGGUUUUCUGACCUUGCCAUGCAAGUUAUGACCUCUCCGUCCAAGAACUACAUACUAUCUGUGAUCACAGUCGGCAUCUGUGUACUCUUCCUCAUCGGCCUGAUGUGUGGACGCAUCACCAAGCGGGUGACAAGAGAGCUCAAGGACAGGUAGAGCCUGGAUUGCCUGCUGAAGAAAUGCCUGCCCAGUGCCCAGUUUUGUACAGCCCUCCUCUGUAUAGUCUACCCACCCCCUCUUGUGAGAGGAGAAU